CUUUACUAACUUUUUUUCUGCUGAAACCCUUUCCUCUUCCCUGUCAAAAUAACAACUAAGCCGCCUUAAAAUCCUAGCAAAUUUCUGGCGGCAAUAAUAAUACUGUAUGUGGUAACUAGCACUUCUAACUAACACUUUCGCCGUGCCGCUACGGACUGGAACCAGUGAUACUCCUUAAGUUUUAAGGAAAAGGGCAUUACUUUGUCUGGCAAUUGAUUUCCAAUGGCGUACCAAGGGGGGAACUUGAAGUCCACAGCUAUAAAUGGAGUGAAGAUGUAUACUGUUGCUGGGCAACAUCGCUCUGUGGCUACAUGGCUUCCUCCUAAGAAGCUCAGAGCCCUUCGUAAAGAUCCAAGUUAUAUGCAAAGAGUGGAUCUGAUUCAAGAUUUGAGAUUUGAAACUGCAACAACAAGAAUUAAAGUGACUCCCGACGGGGAGUAUCUCAUCGCCUCAGGUAUUUACCCACCACAAGUUAAAGUGUAUGAGCUGCGGGAGCUGGCAUUGAAGUUUGAAAGGCAUUUGGUGUCAGAGAUUGUUAACUUUCAAGUCUUGGGUGAUGACUACUCAAAAAUAGCAUUUCUCUGUGCUGAUCGUUCUGUUUGCCUUCAUGCAAAAUAUGGAAGUCACUACAAGUUGCGGAUUCCAAGGAUGGGAAGGGAUAUUGUAUAUGAUUGCUGGUCUUGUGAUUUGCUUUGUGCUGCCUCAUCAUCAGAUCUCUACAGAAUAAAUUUGGAGCAGGGACGCUUCCUUUCCUCACUGCGCACACGAUCCCCAGCACUUAAUGUGGUUUCACGGAGCAAGGUCCAUGGAUUAGUUGCUUGUGGAGGGGAGGAUGGUGCACUCGAAUGCUUUGACAUGAGAGCAAGAUCUUCAGUUGGCAGGGUAAAUGCUGUUGCACCUGCUGGGGAUGGGGACCAGGAGGUUACUGCAAUAGAGUUCGAGGGAGAUGGAGGUUACCUCAUGGCUGUUGGAAGUAGUGAUGGAAAGGUUCUGAUUUAUGAUUUGCGAUCUUCUAAACCUAUGCGGAUAAAGGAUCAUAUGUAUGGCAGCCCGAUACUGAACAUUAAGUGGCAUAAAACGCUUAACACUGAGCGAACAAAGUUAAUAACUGCUGACAACCACAUUGUUAGAGUUUGGGACCCUGAGACGGGAGAAGGCAUGACAAGCAUUGAACCGACGGGUGGAAGAAUCAACGAUUUGUGUGCAUUCACUGGCAGUGGAUUGAUGUUGUUGGCUCUGGACUUCAGUCAAAUACCUUCAUAUUUCAUACCUUCUUUGGGACCUGCACCCAAGUGGUGUUCUUACCUUGAAAACCUGACGGAAGAGCUUGAGGAGCAACCCCAAACAACUAUUUAUGAUGAUUAUAAAUUUUUGACAAAGGAAGAUCUGGAAAAGUUGAAUUUGACCAAUUUGAUUGGAACCAACCUUCUAAGAGCUUAUAUGCAUGGUUACUUCAUCGAUUAUCGGCUGUAUAAAAAGGCACAAGCAGCAUUGAAUCCAUUUGCUUAUGAUGAGUAUAUAGAGCAGCGGAAGAAGGAAAAAUUGGAUAAAGGACGUGAUAGUCGUAUAACGAAUAAGAGGAAGCUUCCCAAAGUUAACCGUGGUCUGUAUGGAGAACUUCUCGAGAAUGAAGAAGCUGAGAACUUAAAGGAGAAUGUUGAUGGCAUUGAUGCGAAGAAGACAUCAAAGAAGAAGAGAGGACUGACCAUUGACAAUCUGAAAGAUGAACGUUUCAAGCGCAUCAUUGAAAAUGAGGACUUUGAAAUUGAUGAAAAUUCCCAUGAGUAUCGGGCAUUGCAUCCUAUGCCUUCCUUAAAGCAACCAUCUUUAGUGGAGGAACAUUUUGAGCCUGUGAUGGAUGGUGAGGAGCAUAGUGAUUCUGAUGCAUCUGCAGCAACACAAUCAUCAGAAGAUGAACAAGUAAAUGAAAAAAAUUCUAGAAAGAAGUCCAGAGUUCCGAGAAUGUAUGAAAUCAAGGAUGAGAGGCAUAAAGAAGCAUUCUCAAACCAUUGUUCACUUGCAAAGGAGGAUGCUCUUUCACUAGGUGAAAGGGUUGCAGCUUUGCCAAAUGAUAGAGCUUCUCAUGAUAUGAGCAAUAUCAAGGUUGGUCCUGGAGGUUCGAGAGAAGUUUCCUUUUUCGCCAGGAGCUCGGCCAAGUAUGUGGAAGAUGAAGGAGAAAAGGAAACACGAACUGAAAGGAGACGAGGGGUCCAGUCAUUGAAACUGAAGCCUGAUAGAUCAGGUUUUCACUGGUCGGGUUCCAGAGGGCAGGGGAGAGGAGCAAGAGGUCGUGGAAUGGGCAGAGGAAGAGGAAGAGGUCGACGAUAAAUUUUUCACAGCCUAUGAACAAUUUUGUGUCCAAGGAUGCUAUUUAUUUUUUCCUUGAACUUGUUUGAUGGUGGUGUACUUUAUUAACUAGUUUCCCAUACGUGUACUAGAGUGAUUCUACAAUAUAAUCGAUCCUGAAACAUUAAAUCUGCAAAUUAACAAAAGCUUUUACAUGUA